AUGGUUGGAUCGUCACCCUCCCCCAGUUCAGGCCUGUUGGCUGCAUGCAUGGCGCCUCCGAAUCCCGUCAUCCUAUCGACCCCCUUGACGACAACGGGCAUAUCGCCCACCGGCUUGCUUACGCACGCGACUAUGCCACCGGCGCCGAUGACGAUGAACGACACCUUCGACUUCGCACCUGGUUCGAUGCUGGAUGAUGGGAUGAGGUUGCAGCUACAGAGCGUCUACUUUGACCAGUUCCAUCCACAAUGGCCGAUGCUACACCGCGAGACUUUCGAGUCGACGUUACAACCCAAGUUAUUGAUGCAAGCCGUGAUUACUGUUGGUUUGUGGUUUUCUUCAGCACCGGGGUCGAAAGACCUCGCCGUCAGAUUCCAUGAUCACCUGCUCGCAGAGGUGGGCAACAGAAUUCUCGAGCUCCUAGAACAAUCGAGACAAGGCUUGCUCUCCCCACGGCUAGACUUGCUACCCAUAUUCCAAGCAAUGCUGAUUUCGACAAUCUUGGUCCCGUAUCGAGCAGACAAAACAAUGGAGAAUGUGAUGAUGACACAUUCCAUGCUGCUAGAAACGUUUAAGGCUACCGGAAUAUACGAUCAGGCGAAGAUUAACGCGGCCUCGCAUCUUUGCGGAACCAGUGGAUAUCCGUGGGUUUUCCGGGAAUCAUAUCAGCGUCUCGCAGUUUUCCAGUUCAAACUUCAUUUGAUUCUUCAAGCCGUUUUCAUUACAAUAUACCCCGCUUUACGAAUAUCCCGAAACGCAGAACCAGCCAUGCUCCGAGUCAAGGUGCCGAUGCCCUUGAUGAUGUGGGACGGCCCGGCUGCACAGUGGUUUGGCAUGAUACCGACAGAUCCAGAACUGCUCGACGACGGCGACGACGAUGUGCUGGUUAUCAGCAAAAUGUGCGAUAAGGCGAUCAUGAUGAUGGACAACAAGCCACUUCUCCCGCUACUUUCGUGGGACCGGUGCCUGGGCAUGGCCAUCUGGUUUCCAAACAUGGGCGAUACCGUCAACUGGACCCGCGUUCUCCAACUCGUCAAUGUGGUUGGAGCCGCGCAUCUCGCAGGAUAUCACUGGGCAAGCGACCAAAUCGCAAUGCACAACAUUCUUCAACUCCGGGACAAGGACAUCAUAACUCAGCAGUGGUUCCGUGGCUGGGACUUCGGCCGGGUGUACGGCCCCGCUAUGGUGAUCGGCACCGCCUCCGUGUUUGGCUUCCUUGCUUGGAAAGAUGGCACUCAAAGCCCGAGCUUCAUUUACAACCUCGCCGCGUCGGUGCUCAUGGGAUUCGUUGGGCCCUACACCCAGAUUCGCGUCUUUCCCGUCAACGACAAACUCCUUGCCGAACACGAUCGCAUCGUCAAGGGAGGCAAAAAGGCAGAUGAGCAGGCCAAGGGCGCCAGCUACGAGGAAGUGCGGCAGUGGGCCGUCGACUGGAAGAGAUUGGACUUGCACCGGCAAAUGCUUGCCUUCUCUGCCGUUGUGGCUGGUCUAAUCGCGGCCCUGAGAACGUGA